AUGCCAGUCACGGAGCGAUGCGCCACAGUUUCUGGACAACGAACCCCGGACCAAUCGUGCCAACCAAUCAGAAGUCGUGCGGUCCAGACAGAAGCUGUGCGACGUCAAGAAUACAAGCAGUUAAGUCUUUGGUUUGAUUUGGACAAAAGUCAGCUGGUCGUUCAUCUGCUUUGCGCGAGAGACCUAAUCCCGACACCGCAGGCUGUGGCCACUGUCAGCACGGUGUGCAAUUCGUACUGUCGCAUUCGACUUCUACCGGGAAGAGAUGAUAGCACUUUGAAGUAUUCCAAACUGGUCGCUCGAACCAAUCACCCCCGAUGGAAUCAACAAUUCUUGUUUGCGGAUUACACGGAAGAUGAGAUUGCGCAACACGAUCUGGAAUUGACUGUGUGGAAUUGCGCGCUGAGCUCGAAUGAACAAACGUUGAUGGGAGAAGUGAUUGGCUCCAUGACCGGAUACGAAAGUCAAAUGCGUCAGGAUUCAUCUCGCAUGCAGCUCGCCUCGAGCAAUGAGGGGGCCACGUUGACCGGACAGUCUACAGACGGUAGAGGCAAAUCGGAAUAUAUGGAUACGGGACUCACACGUUCAGGGGAUUAUUCGGACAUUGAUGAUAAGACAUAUGGAACUGCUGCUGCUGCUGCUGCCGCUCACUACUCAUCGAUGCUUGGCUCUUCCGGUGGACCAUCACAUCAUCGAGGUCGUACACGUCGUGGUCAUUCGAGGCACGUGCCUAGUCGUCCUGAUUACGGACCGGAGGAACUGAUGGCUCAUUCUGAUGUCUCAGAACUAUCCGACAUAUCAGAGUUAUCUCGUAUGAGUUUGCACACUUCUCAGUCGGAAAAAGGUCGAUUUCAUAGCACUUCAUCUCGGCUAUCUCCUGGGGGACACUAUCCUGGCUUGCAGUACACCUCAGGCAGUGGUGUAGGUGGUGGUGGUGGUGGUAUUGGUGGUUCUGGUGCUACCAUGGGCGGCGGCAGCGCUGGUGGUGGAGGCGUUGGUCGCCUUCCCGUCGAGUUGCAUCAACAAAUCAGCCCAGAAAGUUCGAGCAAGUCGGAUCGUCCACAAGAACCAGACGACACUAGUGAUGACUUCUCGUUGAGGCAACGACGUUUGGCCACCGGCCAACGGGACGAGGGACGUUUGGCUAAAGAGUCCAGCAGUUCCGAAUGCGGAUCUGGAAUGGUCAUGUCCUCGAUGGGCAGUGGAGGUGCUAUGGGCACGAUGUACGGAAAAUCAGGAAUCGGGAUGAAAGAUACACCCGGAUCAUCUCAAAUGUCUGGUCCAACCUCAAGAGGAGAUGGAAGAAAACCAAGACCGAGCAUCGGUCAUAAAUUUUCCACUGUUCUCGGUCGAUCGCAUAAAAGUAGCAGCACAUCCAAUUUAGAUAAAAAGACACGAACCAGUUUUCAAAGAAGCGAAGAAGUGUUGCCAAGUACCGAUACACAGUUUGAUGAAAUGAGCUCCGGCGAUGCAAGAAGAGGACGAUUGCAGACCCAACUGAGCUUGCGAAGUGGAAAAACGGAAAUUAUGGGCGCCGGGGACGGAGGUGAUUUGGACAGCUGCACAACACAAUUAGAAUUGAAGGGGAUGGUGAUCAUUUGUAUGGGUAUCUGUGCUCCGAAACAGGGGCUGAAGCAAUUGCAACAUGAUUGGUGCUAUGCUCCGGAAUUAGUGCCCGAACUGUCCGGGAUUUUUUCAACCGAUUUCGGUUUGUGGCAUAUUGACCCUGUGUAA